CCCUGAUUCAUCGAUAACCUCAAAACUAUCGGUCUAUACAUCGAUAGUUGUUUACCUUUUUCCCACAAAAAAAAUAAAACAUUUACAAAACAAAAGUAUUUGGUCAAUUCCAAAUGGCAAAUACUGUCUGUUAAACUGUAAUAAAAUCGAGUUUGGUGCUCCCGCAUAAUUGCCAAUUGUGCCGGACGCACCAUGGAGCAGGACGAGGAGCCGUCGCCGGAGCAGCCCAUGGCCAAGGAGCAGGAGAUGGAUCAGUCCACAGCGGAUGUGGCGCAGUCUUAUAUAACACGGGCUAAGAUGAAUCCGGCCAAAAAGGACAAUGAGAAGCGUAGACGGAAGGAUGCCAUGCGAAGGGUUUCGAUGAUAAUGAGAAAAUGCGACUCUUUGCGCUCGGCGGACGAUCGGCAGUUCCUGGAGAAGCAUCCUGACAUGGUAAAGGCCACCAAGAAGCGCAAGGAACGCGUUGAGAUAUACAAAGAGCGGGUGGUGGAGCGUGAGGAUGCGGCACAUGUAAUCGAGGCCAAGGUGGAGCAGCUAGCCAACAUCAUUUCGCAAGCCAAGCACCUCGUAUGCUACACGGGAGCUGGAAUUAGCACGGCAGCCCUCAUUCCGGACUAUCGGGGUAGCCAAGGCAUCUGGACAUUGCUGCAGAAGGGACAGGAGAUUGGCGAGCACGAUCUGUCUAGCGCGAAUCCCACCUACACGCAUAUGGCGUUAUAUGAGUUGCACCGCCGGCGCAUCCUUCAUCAUGUGGUGUCCCAAAACUGUGAUGGCCUGCACUUAAGAUCCGGUUUGCCGCGGCAAUCGCUGUCUGAAAUUCAUGGGAACAUGUACGUCGAGGUGUGCAAGAGCUGCCGGCCAAAUGGUAUAUAUUGGCGGCAGUUUGACACCACGGAGAUGACGGCCCGCUACUGCCACAAGACCCACCGCCUGUGUCACAGAUGCUCGGAACCCUUGUACGACACCAUUGUCCACUUUGGGGAGCGGGGUAAUCUAAAGUGGCCCUUGAACUGGGCUGGCGCAACCGCUAAUGCCGAUCGCGCCGAUGUAAUUCUCUGCCUAGGAUCAAGUCUGAAAGUACUUAAAAAGUACACAUGGUUGUGGCAGAUGGAUCGACCUGCUCGACAACGCGCCAAGAUAUGUGUGGUGAACUUGCAGUGGACACCAAAGGACUCAAUUGCUAGCAUCAAGAUAAACGGAAAAUGCGACCGGGUAAUGGCCCAGUUGAUGCACCUGCUUCACAUUUCAGUGCCAGUUUAUACAAAGGAGAAAGAUCCCAUUUUUGCCCAUGCCUCGCUCUUAAUGCCCGAGGAGUUGCACACACUAACGCAACCACUGCUGAAGAAUGCUGACGAGGAUGAAACCUUCACCACCACCACAGAAGAAACUCAAGACUCGACCAUUUCCAGCGAAAGCUGCAGUCUCAACUACAGCGAUUUGCCCAUCGGAAAGGGACCUCGCAUUCGGACGCCCAUCAAGAACGGUAGAAGGAUCAAGACCAACUUGGAGGUGCGCCAGAAAUUUAAAGUUGAGGAGGAGAUCACAGUAGAGCAGAUGGUGGCUAAUGGGGCGAUAACAACAGAGACUGGGUCUAUCCUAGAGGUGGAGGAAAAAUCGAUUAAAAUAGAGACUGAAGUUAAAUUGGAAGAGAUUGAAAUUAAGGAGACGGUGGUGAAGCAGGAACUGCAUCUCUUAGAGCUUCUGCCGAAGUUGGAACCGCUUUCCCUAAAAGAAGAAUCGGAUGAAAUGAUACAACUGCCCAAGCUAGUCGCCAUACAGAAAACCCAAGUGGAAGUGGAAGACAGCGUCACUCCUUCAAUAGAGAUGAAGUUGGAGCCACUGCAGCUACCACCGUUGGUACCUAUCGGAGCACCUCUUUCCACGCCGUUCGUGGAACCAAAGCCUACUUUUCACUCCCUAAAAAUGCAGAUCCAGAGCGAUGAUGGUUCCAGCACAGAGAACGAGAACGACGAUCAGGACGAGGAAGAAGAAAGCGAGCUGGCCCAAGUCGAUUUGCUGCGGUUAAACAAUGACGAGGAGCUUCUGCGCCAGCUACCCACUUGGCAUGAUGCUAAGUAUGCGUAUUCCGGCCUCCACAGUAUACUGAUACCUCCUCCGGCCGAUCUCAACAUUUGGAACUCGCAGGUGGUGCCGAACUUUGCGAUGAACCGAUCCGCCGCCAGUUGCGAUUUCUGUUUCGAUCACUAUGCUGAGCUGGACUGCCAGUUCUACCGGCGAUGGAACCUCAACCAGAGGAAGCACAAGAAACGGGCAAGGAGCGGCCGGUUUGUGGUCUGCGAAUGCUGUCCCACCUCCGACGAUGACGAUGACUAUGAUGAGAAUAUAUCCCUGGCGCACAUAGCAGCAGCCGAAACUGCUAAACGGAGACAGCAACUGAGUACGAGCUUUCCGCGGAAACUGGCCCGCACUCAAGCCGGUUGGUAUGGUAAAGGAUACAAAAAAGGUCGGAAACGCCGGUGAAUCACAGCAUCUCUAUCUUAAAAGUCAAAACGGCCGUGAUCCUACCCCAAAACAUUGAGUGGGUCGAUACAUAAAAUUUAUAUUCAAGUCGAACCACAAACUUGGAAGUCAUGGAACAAGUCGACCCGCUCUAACCGAGAUUAAAAGCUCGCUUCGAUAGUAUUUUUUAGCUGUAGAAUGAUAAGUCAUAGCAUAGAUGGUAGUGCCAGCUAGAAUAGGGUAGGGAUCCGUUUUUUAUCUUAAUUAAGAGUUUUUUAAAGUGUCACAUCCUUGUUUCUAUGUCAUUGAAUGUAUUUUUUACGUAAUUGUCCAUGUCAUUGAGUGUCCUUUUUUACGUAAUUGUCCAUCAACGUUAUUUAUUAAGUCAUCCAAGUUUCUGUAGUUUAAGUUAUGUAUUUAUGUCAUUUUUGUCACAAUUUUAAUGGUAUUUUUGCCUUUUUUUAGUCUCGUCAUUGGUAACAUUGUAAACUUUUUGUAUUUUUUAUUUUAAGCAAAUUAUUGGUUCAUUUUUAAAAUGUGUUUUAAAGCUUACUUCCGCCCUUUACACUUUAAGUCAAUAAACAAGACAAGCAGUACGCUUCAAAAACGAA